AAAAUGGAAGGAUAUGAUUCCCCUAAUAAUAAUUGAGAUAAUGAUAGGAUGAAAAUAAAAGACAAAUUUACGACCAUACCCAUUUUUUUACAAAUUUUAAUACCUAAAAUGCUCCACAUACCUAAUAGGCCCUUGGGGCAUCACGGACUUAGGAGGCCCUAUGGUGCCAUUCAUUGCCUUUUGGUCUUUGAGAUGGACACCCCUCUGCACUCCACUCCACGGCGCUCAUCCUGCCUUAUUCAGUUCAUAUAAGAAGGGGAAGUCAUAAAUGGCGGACAUUUUUAAAACAAAUUAGUUACAAAUGCGAAUGCUUUUGCGAUAGAAGAAGUGAGCAUGGCCUUAAGACCUCAACAUCCUUUUCUCUCUUUCUACCUUUCCUCCCACUCUCUCCACCAUUCCCCUCCUUUCUCUCUCUACUCUUCUUCUCCUCCUCUCUCCUCUCCAUCAUCGAAGUCCUUCACCUCAAAACCAUCCAACCACUCACCACCACCACCUGUUUGUCACAAUUCCCAAACCAGCCCUACUUCUGCCUAUGUCCACCUUCCCUUUUGUAGAAAGAGGUGCCACUAUUGUGAUUUUCCCAUAAUUGCCCUUGGUUCCUCCCCCUCUCUCUCUAGAAUCAAAGAUUACAUCUCUCUGAUCCAAACUGAAAUCUCAUCCACCACCCCCACCAAAUCAGUCGAUUCCCAUCCACCCCUCCAGACCAUUUUCUUUGGUGGUGGUACUCCCUCACUUGUUCCUCCCUCCCUGGUGGCACAAAUAUUGGACUCCCUCUCUAAAAAAUUUGGCUUCUCUCUCUCCCCUAAAGUGGAAAUCUCCAUUGAAAUGGACCCUGGCACCUUUGAUGCCAGCUCUCUAAGCUCCUUUCUCUCUCUUGGGGUCAACCGUGUGUCACUUGGGGUUCAAGCUUUUCAAAAUGAGCUCCUUAAGGUUUGUGGUAGAGCACAUUGUUUGGACCAUGUCAGAGAGUCUUUGGAGAUCAUAAAGAGUAGUGGACUGGAGAAUUGGAGCUUAGACCUUAUUUCUUCAUUACCCAAUCAAAGCUUGGAAAUGUGGGAGGAGAGCUUGAGGGCGGCCAUUGAAUCAGGAGCCCCCCAUUUGUCUGUGUAUGAUUUGCAAGUGGAGGAGGGGACCAAGUUUGGUGCAUGGUAUAAACCUGGACAGAGUCCUCUUCCUUCUGAGGAGGAAUCAGCUAUGUUUUAUAGGAAGGCAUGGGAGUUGCUUUCUAAAGCUGGAUAUGAGCACUAUGAGAUCAGCAGCUACUGCAAGAGAGGGAUGGAGUGCAAGCACAACAUGGGCUACUGGUUAAACAAGCCUUAUUAUGGUUUCGGGCUCGGGGCUGCAAGCUACGUGGGUGGAAUACGGUUUACAAGAUCGAGGAGGAUGAAGGACUAUGCAAGAUAUGUGGAAUUGCUAGAGAGCGAAAGGACGAGAGAGAAAGAAAUUGAAGGGCUAGAAAGAGGGGGGAGUGAGAGUGAGAACAAAGGGAUGGUGGGGGUGACUGUGAUUGGUGGGUUAGAGAGAGGGGAGGAGAGGGAAAGUGAGAGUGGGAGGCUGGUAGGGAGAGAGAGUGUGUGGGAGGGGGUGAGAGAGAGUGAGAGUGAGGUGGUCAUGGAUGCUAUCAUGCUCUCACUGAGGAUGGGGAGGGGUUUGGAAGUUGCUGGGUUUAGAGGGAGGUUUGGGGAGGAGAUCUUGGAGAGGGUCUGUAGGGCGCUGAGGCCGUAUGUGGAGAGCGGUCACGUCCUGCCGUUGGAUGAGGAUCGGAGGACUUUGUCGGCCGUUGAUUUCGUGAGAUUUUGUGAGAGUAGGAUGCAAAAUAAGAGUGUGGAGUAUAUCAGGUUGAGUGAUCCGGAUGGGUUUCUCCUGUCCAAUGAGCUCAUAUCUGUGGCUUUUGCAUCCCUUUCUUCUUCUUAAAAUGAACCUUUAGUAUUUAUUUAUUGUAACAUCAAUGGAUGCAAAGUUUUUUAUGUUAACUGACACUAUGUUUGCGAUA